GGUCUAUAUCCUACGAUACGCUACCUACAUCAAACGUGUCGGAAAACAUUUGCUUAUUAUCGCAGCACGGGAAUAUUCUAGAAACAAUCCUUACUUUAAGGGGCAAUAUGCAACUGCGCUGAUAUUUACAUAUUGUAGAACCCCAUUUGUUGAAAUACUUCGUUUAGCCGAUAGGUGAUCGUUGGUUGAUAGACUGGUCGCUGGCGCAUGCGCCCAGCUCUUAAAACCUGUUUUGUUGUGAAUUACAUAGCAAUCAUGGAGUACAAAAUGAAGGUAGACGAACCAUCUUUAUCUAUGGAUAAUUAUCAUUUAAUUCUUGAGCCCUGUUGGGAACUAGUUUGUAAGGUGUUUGAUAACUAUUUGGAUACACACAUGGAUUGUCCUAUCAAUUUAGCGGACUUCGGUACAUGCGAGGGACAAACAUUUCUUCCGUUUUUAAAACUGGUGGUUGGGCAUAUUCGAAGAUCGUCUAAAUUACAAGAAAUAGUGGUGACUUUAAACGAUCAAUAUACAAAUGAUUUCAACGCCUUAACGAGGAAUAUAAAAGCGUUUCAGAGAGAAAUGGACGAUCCUCUUCUCCGAAUGUGCAUCAUCCCUGGGAAUGCUUAUAGACAUUGUUUGCCUAAUUCCAGCAUUGAUUUAGGCAUUUGUUCUUUCGUGGUGCAAUGGUUAUCUGAACCAAUAAAUCUGGACAAACACCUGUUUUAUAUUCCUGACUGGAUGGAUUUUUUAAUUGCAAGAUCGAUGGAAAUGAAGAAAGGUUCCUUUUUUCUUGCAAAUAUCCCAAUCGGAAGUCAAGAAGUAUUGAGUAUAUUAAAUGAUGUGUUUCAUCAACUUUAUGAAAAGAAUACCAUAACUGAGGAAGAUUUGCGUAACACCAGUAUACCAAUUUACAUAUUCAGAACAGAGGAUGAAUUGAAAGGACCAUUUGAAGAACGUAGAGAGGAAUUGGGACUUCAACUUCUGCACAUUUCAAGGAGACCAGUCAAGUUGUAUGAACACAAGGGCAUCGUAAGCUCACUUAAAUCAUGGAUGUAUUACAGUUUCGAAACUGGACUGAGUAAGACAAGAAGGACCCAGGAAGUUCAGGAAAUCUGUGAUACAUAUUUCCAAAACUUAGAGCAUCGCUUUUCAGACUGGAAAUGGCUUGAUGUUUUUAUUGCUGAUGUACUUUUUCAGAAACUGUGACAGAAUGAGAAAGCAUUUUGUAAGAUAACGUUUUAAUCAAUGAUUAUUACUA